UUCAUUGAAACACUUUGUGAUAUCAAGAAGUUCUUACCACGACUACCGUUGAAAAUGCUACUGUCCAGUGUUCAAAUUCUUACUAAAAAAUCCUUUCCAAUAGGAUCAGUGAGUAAUUAUUUAAAGUUCGCUGUGAAUAUGCAAAGAAUACCUAAAGUGAGCUUCUCUACAACGAAGAGUGUGAAUGUUGUUGAGUAUCUAGAAGGAGUGAUAUCCAGACCUAUUUUAGGAACUUCGAAUGAUUCUACAGUGACGAGAAAUCCUAAGGAGUUCUGUGCAACAAAACUUGACGAUAUCUGGCUUUCUAAAGCUAAACAAAAUGAUUUUUUAUCAUAUUUCCCAGGUAUCGUUGAUGAAAUAGCAGCAAAAGCGGCAACAUUUAGCAAAUUGGAUAAUGGAAAUCGUAUCAGAAGAGCUAUGGAAUACAUAAUGCCCGGAUCUAACCGAUUUCCUGGCGUAAUAACAGUAGAAACAUAUAAACUUCUAACACCAGAGCAUAAACAUACUACUGAAAAUCUCAAGUUAGCUUACUACCUAGGAUGGAUCUUAGAAAUUGUUUUAGAAGCUAUUAACAUGUCAGAUGAUGUAUACGAUGAAUGCAAAACUAGAAGAAACCGAGUUUGCUGGCAUGAAUUACCCGAUGUGGGGCCAAGUGCCGUCAAUGAUGCUUUUAUGAUGGAAGCUGGAGCAUAUUAUCUGCUAAAAAAGUACUUUGGAAAACCCGAUUGCCACACACGCCUUUUGGAGAUCUUAAACGAGACGACUUUUCUAGCUUGCAUUGGACAGCACGUAGAUGUGAUCUCCUCAAAGGACUUUGACAAGAUAAAAAUUGAAACUUUUGAUGAUAUAGUUGCAAACAUUUCCGUCUAUUUGGCUAGCUUUUCUUCUAUUGCCUUAGGAAUGACCUUAGCAGGAUACACUAAUUUAAGCAUUAUGAAGGAAGCUAAGUCAAUUCUGGCGGAUAUAGGCUACUUUUAUGUAAUUCAGAAUGAUUUUUACGAUAGUUUCGGGGAUCCAAAUGUUAUGGGGAAGGUUAGUUCGGAUAUUGGAGAAGGAAGAUGCCGUUGGCCAGCUUUGUUAACCAUGCAAUUGGGAACUCCUGAGCAAAAGGAAGUCCUCAAAGUCAACUACGGACGAAAAGAUCCCGAAUGUGUAGCGAAAGUCAUAGAGCUGUAUAGAGAACUAAAUCUACCACGACUCUAUGAUGAUUACUGCAAUAAUUUGGGAAGUCGUAUGCUUGGUGACGUAGAUAAAUUGCAGGAUGGUGACAUGAAGAAGAUUUGUGAAAAGUUGGUUGAAUCUGUAUUUUAUGCGAUGUACAAGAAGUACCCAGUAUUCGUUUAAAACUGACACAUAAUACACUGUUCAAGGAAUAAUAAAA